GAUGGACCCAGGACGACCCAUCCUGCUUGGUAGAGCAGUUCUGUCCUGAGUACAACGAGUGGAGAACAGCGGCACGCAUGGUCAACAACCGUGGCAGUGUGGCUGUGGGCAAUCUGGAUGGCAAGAUCUAUACAGUGGGUGGAGAAGAUAACGUCCGAUGUUACAGCAGUGUGGAGAGGUACAGCCCAGACAAAGACAGCUGGAGUACAGAUGUAGCACCCUUGAGCAGCCCCCGCAGCGGCGUGUGUCUGGUGGCGAUGGACGGAUACCUAUUUGCUAUUGGAGGACACGAUGGCAUCACUGCUAUGAAUACUGUGGAGAGGUACGAUCCAAAAAUGAACAUGUGGAGCAAACAGGCAGCGAUGCUGACCAGACGCACCAGAGCAGUGGCUGCUGUGCUGGGGGGUCACCUGUAUGUGAUCGGAGGGAAUGACGGUGACAUGGCUCUGCGCUCAGUUGAGCGCUACAGCCCUGUAGAUGGUACCUGGUCGAUAUGCGCUCACAUGCUGAGUCCCAGGGAGAACGCCGGCUGCACCGUGUACCUGGGACGCAUCUAUGUGGCCGGGGGCAAAGACGAGCUCAACCUGGAGCUCUGCGCUGCUGAGAGGUUUGACCCCGACACCAUGAGGUGGUCGCCCGUGAAACGCAUGAGGAACAAGAGGAACAACACGUCCCUUGUAGUUUUCAAUGGUGCCUUGCUGGCUGUGGGAGGCUCUGAUGGUGUCACCAACCUGAAAACAAUAGAAGUUUACAGCCAUGAAACCAACACAUGGAGACACUUUGGAAGCAUGAAGAGCAAGCAUCCGGGAGGGAGAGUGGCUCUGCUGUGCUGAGACUAGACAAUGUUCAUAUUAUAUGAACAUGAAGGAAAAAAAAAAAAGGUGUUAGAGAGAAAUAGCCCUAAUGGAUGUACGCCGGGCUCCAGGACACAUUGUGAUAUGGUUUAAGUAAGGCAGCAUAAUGACUGAAUAAUUAAGGAGUUCACUCCAAAACGAGACAUGCCUGCAUUAGUUGAAGCUGGCAACCGCUGUUACAAAACGACUGUGAGCAUUACAGCACAUUAUAGGCUACCAGGUUACCAUUAAAUUUACUGGUCUUUUUUAUGUCUCUACCUUACAAAGCAGAAAUAUUCUAUUCAGAUUAAUCAGUGGCAAAUACAUUUCAGGUUGCCUAUGAGCAGAUCAAGUUUUGGAUUGACAGCCUUCAAAUACAGAAUGAAUUUGGCACUGACCUUAUAUUUGCACAAAGAUAAUCAGAAUGUGAAACAGGACAAAGUGAUCUAGUGUUUUAAGGGAUAGUACAUAAGUACCACUUGUAAAUAUUGAGAUGUGAUACUCAGUCAUCAUUGUACUGAUUAAUGUGGCGCAACAGGCAUGAGGCAAAGACAUGAAAUGAAUGUUAACGUGGAUUUAAUGCAGGUAAUUAGUUUAAGAAGGUUCAGGAUUUGGAUGUGAAAGAAAUACUUAUACAGUAGCUAGGAUGACUGCAUGAAAGUAGUCAUUUUAGCCUUUAUAUAUUGUACGAUGCUUUGAAGGUGAAAAACUCAGGUGGCUGUUGGAAGUGUAAAAGGUGUACUGAAUGUUAAACCGACCACGGAUCCUUUAAAUAGGGAUAUUGAAGAAAAAAAUAUGUUGUACGGGAACCUUCUUUAAUCGCUUCAGUCAGUUUGAGACAUAAUUUUAGUCUUUCUUAAUUCAUUUCUUAAUUUCUUUCUUUUUUUCUUUUCUUUCUAUGUAGAUGUAAAUCAUAUGACACAUUAUGUGUGUGCCUCAGCUCCUGUGAAAUUCUGUGUUGCCGUUGCACUGCAAAUGACCCACAGCAGUAGAGUGUAAACAAAUUUCAUCAUAAUUCAUCGUUUAGCUUGUGUAAACAUGACGAAAUGGGAUGGAAAAAUAACCAAAUCAGCUGGAUCAAGUUAUGGAGAAGAAAUCUCGUUGGGACUAAAGAUCCUGGGUGAAAUAAGCCAAUGAGUGAAAUCUGACUGCUGGCAUGGGAAAGCAUAAGUAGCUGUGUGGGCUUUAAAAUGAUGACGCUCAGAGCUCUUUCCCCUGGAGAAUAAUAGGCUGAAAUGUGGAGAGGCUGAGCACAAGGAACGCACGUAGAGCAACACGGAUUUUCCGGAGAGACACACAGCAGCCAGCUCCGUCUCUCCCACCAGUCCCUCUGCGCACAUAAAAAUGAAUAUCUUUUUCAAUUUGAGAGGAACAGUUGUGAGGCAAAUAGCAGAAGACAGAGCUCUUCCAGGUAUGUUUUAACAGAAAAAUAAUAUGUGUUGCCUAUUGUGAUAUUGUGAAGAAGACUUUGCAUGUUGUGUUGAUUCCAUCACUGCUGUUGGAUUUUGUGAAGUUAUGAGAAAUUGAAUAAAUAAUAAUCUGGG